UGCUUGUGUUGCUCUCUCUCGCCCUCGCUCCGCUUUUCUUCUCUUCACUACCGCUCAUAGCAUACAGCUUCACUCGACUCGCCAGCGAUGGCUCACUUCCGCGGCCUCUCCUCCCUCGACCUCACGUCAGUAGAUGUCGAAGGCGGGCCAGGGGCAGCACGACUAGACGAUGAUUAUUUCGUCGGCUUGCCGCUUCUCUCUUCUUCGCACCAGGCCGAUCUACCCUGGACUGCGGCUGGGCCAGCGUCAUAUGCGUCCUCUUCAUCAGCAUCUGCAGCUUCAACAUUGUCCCUCCAAGCACUAGGUGCUAGCGUGCGGCAGCAUCUGGGCUACGCAAGAGCGGGAUGGACAGAUUCGCUACGAUGGCGACAGGUUGCGCACCUGGUCGUCGAAUCUUCGGCUGUGCGGCUGAGCAUGAUCAAGGGUCUCAUCCUUUCUUCGGCAGUCGUUCUCAUCAUCUUCUUCUUUGAGCUCGCAUUUUUCCCUGCGCAGCUCUACCCACGCAGCUCUCCUUCAUCAUCAUCGACCAAACGUGAUGCAGCUGGGACAUGGAGCGAAACAAGCAGCGUCCUCUGGCUCUACCCGGUAAUCGCCAUCUCAUACUAUAUGGCCUCGUCCUGGACGCUCGACGUAGCAAAGACGGCCUAUCAGCUGCAAGCGCAUCGUCGCGCCUUUUCCACCUCGUUCAGCGCCUCAUCUUUUGCGCCUUCCGCCAACCUCAGACGGCGCAUCCUGCUCCAGUCGUAUCAACCGCUCCUCUUCAUCAAUUACGCCCUCCUCGCUCUGCUCGUACGCAACUACGUGCCCUUUGUUGGGCCAGCGCUGGCCUUCGGGCUCAUCAGUGCGGUAGAUGCCUUCUACUGCUUUGAUCCAGUGAUGGCGAGUAGGGGUUGGCCGAUCGAGCGCAGAUUACGAUACGUAGAGAGCCGGUGGGCAUACAUGACCACCUUCGGCCUACUGCCGACCGCGGUAUCCUACUUCCAUCCCUCAGGGCUAGUCAAUCUAUUCCUUUUCAUGGCCAUCUACCCCUUCUGUACCGUCCUCGCCCUCCUCGCAAAUCCGCUGCCGCGCUCCUCAGAAGGAAGCAAGGGCGGCUCAGCAGCGGGAACACCCAAGUCGGCCUUCCUGCCGGCAAGGAUACCCCUCUUCCUUCCCACAGCGAUACUUUAUAGGAUCGCCAUGCGUUUCGCCCCUCCAGCUGGCAGUGACGUGGCUUACCUCGAGCAGAGCGCUUCACGGUACGGCGGUCGAGGGGCUCCGCAUCAGAGCUUUGGUGCUGCUAUGGCGGGCAAGACGCCAGGCGUCGCGGCAUAUGGCGGUGGUACUGGAGGAGCAGCGGGCUUCUAUUCUGGAGGACCAGCUUAUGGCGGGCAGGGCUCUGUGAAUGGGAUGGGCUACGGGCAGGACGCCUCGACCAUCAAUGGUUGGGCGGGUGGAGCGGCUGGCACGAUGGGCAAUGGAGGCGCGGCGUCAGGAGGACCAGCGCUCGGUCGCAGAACGGCCGCGCAAUUCGUAGGUGGUGUGUGGCAGGGGCAGGGCCAAGCGCAACAAGCAUCAAGGUGGGGAGCGGGCCCCAACGGUGCGGCUCAGCAGGCUCAGCAGCCAUACGCAGCCUUUACUGCCGCUCAACAGACGGGAGCCGCCUCGUCUUCAGCUGCGACACCAGCGAGACGAACUCAGCAAGUACAUUUGCCGCAGCAAGCGCGGAGCGAGUCGCCUGACGUGCAGAUUGGUGCAGUGCUGCUCAACGGCGCAGGUCCCAGCCCAGGAGCGGCGCCUCAGCAUGCUACGUACGCUCACGCUGGUGGUAUGGGCGCGCAUGGCGGCUCGCCGAUCAAGGUCGGGCCACCACCAAAGGGGCCUGCGAGAGGAGGCGGUGGAGGCGGCAAAAAGGUGGAUUGAUUCAAAUCGCGGAAAUGAGAAAAUACGAGGGCAUUGCCAGCCUAAUCAUCAUGCUUUGUUCACUUCAAUGGGCCUUGCAAUAGUCAGUCAGAUGCUAAUGAAAAGA